UCGCCCUGCGGAGCGCGUGUGGUUGCGAGGUGACGGCCGCGCGCAAGAUGGCGGCCGCCAUGGCGGCGGCGGCGGAGGAGGAGGCGGCAGCGGCGGCGGAGCUGGCGGCGCUUCUCUCCCCGGCGGCGGGCCCGGCGGCGCGGGCAGGCGCGGCCGAGGCUGCGCUGGCGCUCUCGGGGGUCCCGGCGGGUCGGCGGCUGCUGGCGGAGCGGCCCGGGGUCGUGUCGGCCCUGCUGGAGCUGGCGGCGGGGCCCAGUCCGCCGGUGGCCCGCCGCGCCCUGGGCUGCCUGGUGAACCUCUCGUCCGAACCGGCGGCCGGUGGGCCGCUGCUGGCCGCGCUCCCCGUCGUGCUGGGGCUGCUGCCGGGCGGGCUGGCUUGCGGGCUGCUGGCCAACCUCUGCCGGGAGCGCGGCGCGGCCCGGCGGGUGCUGCGGGGACUGCGGGAGCGCGGCACCGGGAUGGCGCCGCUCCUCCAGGCCCUCGGCGAGCCCCAGCCGCCGCCCCAGCUCGGCCCGCUCCUCUGCAACCUCAGCCAGCUGCCCGAGGGUCGCCGCGGGCUCCUCGACCGCUCCCGGUGCUCGGUGCAGCGGCUGCUGCCCUUCACGCAGUACAAGGACUCCGCUGUCCAUCGCCGGGGCAUCGUGGGGGCUCUCAGGAACUGCUGCUUCGAGCAUGAGGACCAUGAGUGGCUGCUGAGUGAGGAGGUCGACAUUCUGCCCUUCCUCCUCCUGCCUCUAGCAGGCCCUGAGGAAUUCCCCGAGGAUGAGAUGGAAAGGCUGCCUGCGGACCUGCAGUACCUGCCACAGGACAAGCAGCGAGAGGAAGAACCCGACAUCCGGAAGAUGCUGCUGGAAGCCAUCAUGUUGCUCACGGCCACCAAGGCCGGCCGGAACAUCGUGAGGGAGAAGGGGACAUACCUGGUCCUGCGGGAGCUGCACCGCUGGGAGCGGGAGCCCGACGUGCUGGCUGCCUGCGAGAAGCUCAUUCAGGUGCUGAUUGGGGACGAGCCUGGCCCAGGGAUGGAGAACCUGCUGGAGGUGAAGGUCCCCGAGGAGGUGGAGCAGCAGCUGCAGCGCCUGGAUCGGGAGGAAGAGGAGCGGUGGCGGCGGGAGCAGGAGGAGCGGGAAGAGGCGCGGGGCUCGAAACCGUGCCCCGAGGAGCUGUCGCGGUGAGGGGCUGCUGCCUGCGGCCUCUCCCAUGCAGCUGGGUCGCCCACCGGGCGCUGCUGCUGAGACGAUCCAGCUGUUGGGGCACCCUGCUGCUCGUGAAGCAAAUUUGGGGUGCUGUGGGGCAGGUUCCCCCUUGCCUGGCAGAGCUCUGCCAUUCCUGUGGCAGGAUGAGACUGGAAUAUGGUGGGGGAGAUUUGGGAGGGGGCCACAGCUCCCUGCCCAUGGCUGUGGGGCUGCCCCAGUGCAGACCCCCGGGUGCUUCGCUGCUGCUAUGUGCCUUGCAAAAUAAAGGGUUUCCAGCCCAAA